UUUUUUUUUUUUUUUACCCUUAAAAAACCUUCUGGGAAAGUUUACUUGUCCUCUUUUUUUUUUUUUACACGUAGUGUCUUCAUUUUUUUUUUAUUCGUAAUGGUCUUACCACCACCCUCAACCUCUCGUUUAACAGCCUUACGAAAUGCUAGAAAUAGCAGACCCAGACCUCAAACACACCAGCAACAGUCAGGCAUUAGUGAUUUCCUUAAACAAAAUAAUCCUUUGCCAAUGUCUGUUCGUCGUACACCUCAUAAAACACCUGUGACAAAACAAAGAGCACCUCCAUUAUCUGAAUCUCAGUCAAGUACGCCUAUUCAGAGUGACAAAAUAUUAAAUGGCGUUGUCGCUUGUUUAGACGUGAGAACGGAAGAUGGUGACGAUGUAUCGCAAAACUUUGAACGAGCCUUACAGUCUAUGGGUGCCAAGACUCGAAGAACCUUUAGUGAUUCUGUCACGCAUUUAGUAUUUAAGAAUGGAUCACCAGCAACGUUAAGAAGAGCAAUUAGCAAAAACGUCUUUAUCAUCAAUUUGUUAUGGAUUUCCAAUUGCAAACGAGAAGGAAAGAAGGUAGCAGAACACAAAUAUAUGAUUGAUCAGACUCAAGGUCUAUCAGUGACAACAGGAAAAAAAAGACGCAAGUCAAUGGAACCGGGCAAAGUAAGAGCACUUGCCAUGAACGAAUUAAUGCAACCCACAACAUCAUCAUCAAGUGAAGGAUCAGGUAAUGAGGAUGGCGAUUCGAGUAGAAGAAAGACAAUUGCAACAUGUAGUUGGAAAGCGAGAGAUUUUAACAGCAGAGAUAGAACCAGAGGGCUUGGAAAGACGUCAAGGCCAGAUUUCGAAGACGAGGAUCCGCUGGAUGGAUUAGCAGCAGAAAUUAAAUUAAAUCCACCUAGACUGUCAUUACCUGUAUCGGUCGAAUCUAUUGCUAACAAACACAAUAAUAGCGCCAACAAACAAAAUUCAACACCAAUUCAUGCACCAAGUACCGAAAAGAAGGAACAAAUUAAGGCUAGAUUUUCAAUUGGAAGUGCUGUGACCAGAGAAUCUCCACCAAUCAAAAUUGGUACCACGCCCAUCACCACCUGUUUUACUGGUGCAUCACCUCUAAAGAGACGAAGGAAAUUGACAGGUAACCUGUCUAGGACAACAACCACAUCAUCAGACGACAUGAUCGUCGCCAGACCAAGUGUGUCCAAAACAGCAAGUACAUCGAUAGAAGAUAUGAGUAUUACCAACCAACCUAAAACAAUCGUACUCACGAGUUUGUCCGCUUCCGUUCGUAAACAAUGUGAAGAUGCCAUAAAAAGACUCGGUCAAUAUGAAUUAGCAACAGAAGUGACGGAAAAUACGACGCAUGUCAUAAUUGGUGUCAAAAGAAGAACAAAGACGGCAACUUUCGGAUUAUUAAGAGGCGCUUGGAUGUUAAAACCUGAAUGGCUAAUUCAAAGUGAACUAAAGAACGAAUAUCAACCAGAACUAGAGUACGAAUUGAUAGAUUGGUAUCCACGUAAUGCACUUGAUAGAAAACGCAUACCAUUGUUACCAUCUACAACGCAUAUUUAUGUGGCCUCUUCCAGCACCGGGUUAGAUUUAAUUAAACAAAUGGUUAGCUUAUCGGGUGCAUCCCUUGUAGAAUCUGUGAGUGAGGCAAAUGUCGUGAUUAGCGAUACACCCUUAAAGGAAACUGAUAAGAUUGCGGUGAAUGAUACCUGGCUGUUGGAUUCCAUUGAACAAUGGCAAUAUAUGCCAACCGAUGCUUAUGCUCACAAAAAAUAGACAUUUUAUCUCUCUUUUAGGUAUCUCUUUCAUUCCUUUUUCUUCAUUGUACCAUAUCCCCUCCCUCUUCCAUAAUUUCAGCACAUAUAAAAACUCUCAUACAAAUUACAAAAAUAGUUAAGAUGUUUCAUUGAUUAAGUUUUGCAUAAAUAUGAGUAGACACAUGACGUGGAUG